CUCGCGUUUUCUCUCCGUGUAACCGAAGAUUCGCGCUGUCGCUGCAAAAGUAUUAUCGUAUCCACGUUGACCUCGUUCGGCAGCGGUCCGGUUGACCGUUGACGCGUCUCCCAAUUCUUCAAUGUCAGCGACGCGGCGUGUGCACGUGAAAGUAACGCAAAGCCGACCUAUGUUCCUAAAAAUUUCGAUAUUCACGCUAUAAGCGAAGGGAUCCUUGGGCACCGUGAAACUGUUAUAAAAAUAAUUUUUAUUCUACCGAAAACGGGUCUUAAAUAGUAACGCUAGACACGUUGGGUGGACAUUGCGAUACUCAGGUGGCAAUUGGUCAAACUUGGAAACGUUCCGAGUAAAUUGUAGAAAUGAGACGAGAUACAAAAUUUCGAAUUAAAACUAUUGUCCACACCAUUCUCCAAAGUUGAUAUAAAAAUGUAUCUGGAAAAUUGCGAGAGUAUCUCGGAAACUCCAAUAUCACAGAGUACAGAGAGUGAACGAAGAGUUCUGCAAGGAGAUUUCACGUGGAUGGAUUAAAAAGCAACGUGGAUUAAUAUAAGAGAUAUGUAAGAGAAUUGCUGAUUAGAUUAAUGAACCUUAUAUAAUCAUUAUUGAUUUAUAUCCUCCGCGAGUACUACGAAUGUACAAUAUCAAUAACACGAAGGCCGUCGAGUGAUCGGCGAAUUCUGUGAGUGCCGCAGAAAAAUCGCCAUGCGGGCUCUCGGCUGACCAAGCAGUGAAAGUCCAGCGUCCCCCUUUGCGUAUAGAACGUGGGGGGACGAUUGUCGGUGUUUGAGCUCGCGUGCUCCUCGAUCGCGCGGAACGCGCUCUUCGGGGGCGACCCUGGUUGGCGUCGUCAUCACCAUCGCCGCCGUCGUCAUUGUCGUCAUUACCGCCGCCGUUACCACCGCUACUCCGCGAUCAGACGUUCUCGUUCUACCAGUACUCUGCUCGGCGUGCUCGGUGCGGUCGAUCGAAUCGCGUUGCAGUCCGAUACGGUGAUUGCGGCAGUGACUCGUACGCGCGAAUACAGUGCACCAAUGUACCGAUAGACACCACAAGACGCUGAUGAUUGUCCGUUUCUUCGUCUUCGAUCGUCCACCGACCGACGUUCCUUAAGGAAGCAGGUGUUGCACAAGAGGCCCGCGUCGCUUGAAUGAUGAAACUACUCGCGGGUGUAGAGGAGGUAACCAACCAUCGUGAAAAAGAGUCUAGUAAUGGCCAACUGCACAACAAUAACACCCAUGAAAAGCAAUCUGCGACAGAAUUGGCGCAAGAAGCGAGCAAGCCGCUCGUCAGCAAGGUCCACGAUGAUCCGCCGGCCAAGAAAAGAAUUACACCGGAAGAGGAAGAGAAGAUGAGGCGGCUGCUGCGCUUUGAAGAGGCACCCGAGUUCCUUCAAUACAAUCCUUACAUACUGCGCGGUUACCGUUGUUGUUUGACUACGAAACUCUGCCUGGAAAGUAUAUUCUGGUGGACGAACGAGACUGUGAAUAUAUGGAGCCACAUCUUCGGCUGGAUGCUCUUCUUCGGUCUGACCCUGUAUGAUCUUUGUCUACUGAAUAUUCACGCGCCGUUCAGUGACAAAGUAAUCGUUUCUCUGUUACUUCUUUGUUUUCAGGUAUGCAUGAUCCUUUCGUCCGUGUAUCAUACGUUCUCCUGUCGAAGCGAGAAGGAUUAUUGGUGCUUCCUAUCUUUCGACCUAUUCGGUAUCGCUCUCAGCAUGCUGUCGAUCUACAUGUCGGGCGUCUACUAUGCUUUUUGGUGUCACAAGGAGCUGCAGCGGUUCUACCUGGUAACCGUCGCGGCGAUUUUCAUCUUCGCGAUGAUCCUGCAGAUACCGCGGCUGAACGUCAACGGCAAUGUCAAACUGAUAGUGUUCGUGGGCUGGGCGAUAUACGGGGUGCUACCGACGCUGCACUGGACCAUCGCGAUGGGCGGCUUAGACAACCCCAUCGUCCGGAUGCUCAUCCCUCGGGUCGUAGGAAUGUACAUCAUCAACGCGAUCGCGUUCUUGGUCUACUUGACCAAGAUACCCGAACGUUUCUGCCCAGGCUGGGUGGACUACGUCGGAUCAUCGCAUCAGUGGUGGCAUGCGCUGGUCGUGCUGGCGCUUUAUUAUUGGCACAACACGGGUAUGCUCUACGUGGAGUACAGGAUGAACCACGGGUGUCCGAUCUCUGCAUUAUGACAUACGGAGUCCGACGAGCCUGCAUCCGUCCUCGCCAUGGAGUGCUCCUGCAUGAUGAAGACGGGUACUUGGUCGUCUGGAAUCGAGGAACUACCGUUCUACGGUAUCCUGA